GUUUCUUUUACAAUCACUUCUAAAUUCAACUUAAAACAAUUCAUAUUGAUUCACUGAUUCUGUUAUGUUGAGACGUAAGUGCUUUAGAUUAUGACUGCUAUCUGACGGGAUGUGUCAGAUGGUUUGUUUUUAUUAAUAGCGGUAUUUAUGGAUCUGAAUGAAAGCAGACACACGACUUCUGUGAUGCAUAUGAGACUGUAUGGGUGGGCUCAGCAGCCCUCAGGAACACGCCCAGAUAUAUAAAGUAGAGGAGGAGGAUGAAGGGGUCAGAUCUGCUCUACCUGUGCCGCUAUGCGCGCUCGACACGAGCUGGACACACCUUGACGGUGGAGCUACAUGUGUCCUUGUUGGAAAUCCAGGCUAUUUCAAACGGACUUUAGGCCUAUUUAAUUGCUGAUAGACUGACUAUUCAACCUGAAGGCUCAGUUUCUCGUUACCUUUGAGCGAAACGAGACAGGACCAUCAUGAGCAGAAGAACACGCCGCUGGAUAUUUCACAUGUUCCUAUGUCUCGGAAUAAUCUACUUGAAAAUGGGGCGAUUCUCCACCGUGCUGGCGCUGGGAGCGAGCAUCAUAUGCAGCAAGAUCCCGGGACUGGCGCCCAGGCAGCGCAUCAUCUGUCAGAGCCGGCCGGACGCGCUCAUCGUGAUCGGACAGGGCGCGCAGAUGGGCAUCAACGAGUGCCAGUUCCAGUUCAAGCACGGCCGCUGGAACUGCUCCGCGCUCGGCGAGAGGACCGUCUUCGGAAAAGAGCUGAGAGUGGGCAGUAAAGAGGCUGCGUUCACGUACGCCAUCAUCGCAGCAGGAGUGGCUCAUGCCGUCACAGCCGCCUGCACGCAGGGAAACCUCAGCGACUGCAGCUGUGACAAAGACAAGCAGGGCUUCCACGGUCACUCCGACGGCUGGAAAUGGGGCGGCUGCUCGGCAGACAUCCACCACGGCCUGGGCUUCUCCAAAGUCUUUAUGGACGCCAGAGAGAUCAAACACAGCGCCAGGACGCUUAUGAAUCUGCAUAACAACGAAGUAGGGCGAAAGGUCCUGGAGAGGAGCAUGCGGCUGGAGUGUAAAUGCCACGGUGUGUCUGGAUCCUGCACCACCAGAACCUGCUGGAUGACCCUCCCCAAGUUUCGCGAGCUCGGCUACAUCCUCAAAGACAAAUACAGCCACGCUGUCCACGUGGAGCCGGUCAAAGCCACGCGCCACAAGCGGCCCACUUUCCUCAAGAUCAAAAAGCCCUACUCGUACCGCAAGCCCAUGGACACGGAUCUGGUGUACAUCGAGAAAUCACCCAGCUACUGCGAGGCGGACCCCGUGACUGGCAGCGUGGGCACUCGGGGCCGGGUGUGCAAUAAGACGCUGAUGCACCAUCCCAACGGCUGCGAGCUGAUGUGCUGCGGCCGUGGAUACAACACACACCAGUAUUCACGCGUCUGGCAGUGCCACUGCAAGUUCUUCUGGUGCUGCUACGUCAAAUGCAACACUUGCAGCGAGAGGACAGAGGUGUACACAUGCAAAUGAGCGAUGCUUAUGGAAAAGGUAAGGGUCUUUCAUCCUGACAUUAAAAGAUGACUCAAUCAGGUGGCAUUUGUACUUUUGCACAAGACCUUACUUCAGACUCACUCUAAUGGAAAAUCGUCAAGAUUGUCAAAGCUUUACUCUGGAGAAAGAAUUGCGUGAGAAGGAACGUGGAACUAAAAGUGUAAAUGACUGUACCUUUGAUGCCACACAGCUUUCCUCUCUUUCUUCCAUAAAUCCUGAAGCUGUCUGGAUUAAAAGAAGGCUCUCUGUAAAACUCAUAACAACGACCUGCACCUUGAUUGUACCAAUGGAGCUACUGAGACAUGGACGUCUUGCAGGCAUGCAGCGAAACGUACAGAGACAUUGACAAAUAGAGCAAAACAGCAGGGUUCCAGAAGUAGAGGAGAGGACUUUCUUUUAAUUUUUUGCUACAAAUCAAC